AAUUGAAAAAGAAAUAAAAAAAAGUGUCAAGUGUGUCACAAUUUUUAUUUUUUUUUUCUAAUUGUGAUUGUUUAAAUAAUUAAUUUUUCAUAAUGUUAUUACUAAAUAAAUAAUUAACAUUUAAAUUUCAAUUUAAAAAUUAAUAUUUAAUAUAAAAAAUUACCUCGUCUAAAUAAAUACCAAAUUAAUUAUUAUAAAAAUAAAAAAUUGCCGGUUAAUCGGCAAAAAAAAUCAAUAAUCAUGCUCUUCAAAAUUCAAUUGAUUAUAUUAUCAUUAAUAAAUUUAUUAAAAUUAAGUUUAUCACAAGAACCCGAUGGUGUUUGUGGUUUUAUAAAAAAUGAAUAUAAAACUGAAAGUUUAGAUUACAGCCAAGUUGAAGUUAAAUUGAUAACAUCAUCAGGUAGUACAAAGGCUAAAACAGUUGCUCUUCCAAAUGGCUAUUAUUUUUUGUCACUCGAACAAAAAGGAAAUUACACAUUAAAGGUUGAGCCACCACCAGGCUGGAGUUUUGAGCCAUCAAUGGUACCAAUAGAUUAUCAAGGUGAUAAUUUAUGUACUGACGGUAAUGAUAUUAAUUUUGACUUCAAAGGUUUUGGUAUAACUGGACAUUUAACAACAAUUUCAAAUAAUAAAAAUGUUAUUUAUGGACCUGCUGGUGUUAAAAUAACAUUGUACAAAGAAAAAAUACAAAAUGACAUGAUUGUCGGUGAAACCAUAACUGAUAAUGAUGGAGUAUAUUUUUUUACACCAAUACAACCAGGUAAUUAUAUUAUUACUGCAUCACAUGAUGUAUGGAAAUUUGAUAAAUCAACAUAUAAUGUCAUUGUAAAUAAAGGCAACACAGAAUUACCAGAUGGUAGUCUUGUUGUAUUUGGUUUUGAUGUUUCUGGUAAAGUUAUUAGUGAUGAUGAUCAGCCAAUAAAUGGUGUGUCAUUGAUACUUUAUGGUAAUGGUAAAUUUAAAGAUUGUUUAACUGAUAAAUUAUCUGGUUUUGAUAAUUAUCUUUGUCAUGUUAAAACAAAUAACAAUGGUGAAUUUAAAUUUCCAUCAUUAACAAAUGGUGAUUAUAAAAUAAUACCACAUUAUUCAAAUAAAAAUACAAAAUUUGAUGUUCAACCAAGUGAAUUGUCAUUUAAAGUUAAUGGUAAAAGUGUUGUAUUAACAAAAAAUUUUAAAAUAACUGGUUUUACAAUUGGUGGACAAGUUUUAAUGUCUAAUUCAUCAAAAAAAAUACCAGUUGCUGAUGCUAAAAUAUAUAUAUCAGGUAAACAUAUUGCAACAACAGAUAAAAAUGGUUAUUAUUCAAUUGAAAAAAUAAAAUCAGGACAAUAUACAUUUAAAAUAAUUGCUGAUAAUUUACAAUUUGAUGUUGAAACAAUUGAAAUAACAACAAAUUCACCAAUAAUACCAAUAAUUUAUCCAUCAUCAUAUAAAGUAUGUGGAAAUGUUAAACAUUCAAGUGAAAAUAAACAAUCAAUACGUAGUGUUAUUGUUGAAAAUUCAAUGGCAACAUUUCAUCGUGAAAUAAAUACUGAUUCAGAUACUGGUGAAUAUUGUUUAUAUUUAAAACCAGAUAAAUAUCAAUUUAAUGUUGUUGUUAAUCAUAAUGAAAAAAUUAAUGGUCUACAAUUUUAUCCAUUACAGCAUACAAUUGAUGUUAGCACAAUGCCAAUAAACAACAUAAAUUUCUCACAAUUAAAAGCAACAGUUAUUGGUACAAUUGAAUGUAUGAAACAAUCAUUAAUAAAUUGUAUGGAAAUAUCAGUAACAUUAAAAAUUCUUGAUGGACAAAUAAUUAAAACAAUUAAUGCAAUAAAUGGUAAAUAUGAAUUUACAAAUAUAUUACCAGGUCAUUAUGAAUUGUUAAUUGAUAAUGAUAUUUAUUGUUGGGAUAAAUCAAGUCAAAAAAUAUCAAUAACAUCAGAGCAUGCAAUUGUACCAGUAUUUAAACAAACUGGUUAUUCAGUAACAUUUUUAUCAUCACAUGAUACUUCAAUUGAAUACGAUGAUAUUGAUAAUAAAAAUAAAAAAAUAACAAUAACAUUGCCUGCUGGUAGUACACGUAAUUGUGUUAAAAAUUAUGGUGAAUAUAUAUUUACACCAAAAGGUUGUCAUAUUUAUCAACAAAAAACAUACAAAUGGAAUACAAAUAAUCAACAACCAAUAAUAUUAUCAGCAAUUGAACAUCGUCAUAAAGGACGUAUUGUUGUUCCAAUUCAUGGUACAACAUCAGAAGCUGAUAAACAACAUGAUAUUAAAGUUAAUGUUGUUAUGGAAAAUAAUAAUAACAAAAUAAUACCAACAAUUGUUAAAAAAGUUGCAAAUCAAGGUGUAUAUCGUUAUACAUUUGAAUUUAAUGGUAAAUCAGAUACAACAUAUAUUAUAACACCAAUAUCAGAUAUAAUAAUAUUUAAUCAUGCAUCAAUUAAAGUAAUUGGUAAGGAUGAUUGUAAUGAUGAUGUUGCAACAUUUAAUGGACAUGUUGGUAUAAUAAUAUCUGGUAGUAUACAACCACCAAUGGAUGAUGUUACAAUUAAAAUAUUUGGUAAUGAUAAAAAUGUACCAGUACAUACAAUGAUAACUGAUAAAACUGGAAAAUAUAUGAUUGGUCCAUUAAGUAGAACAAUUAAUUAUACAGUAACUGCUGAUAAAAUUGGCUAUACAAUAACUGGUCCAGAUGCUAAUGGUGUAUUUUUAGCUCAUAAACUAGCUGAAAUAAUAAUAAAUGUCAUUGAUGAUAAUACAAAAUUACCAUUAAAUGGUGUGCUAUUAUCAUUAUCUGGUGGUAAUAAUGGUAAUUAUAGAAAAAAUAGUAUAACAAAUAAUAAUGGACAAUUGGUAUUUAAUAGUUUAUCACCAGGUGAUUAUUAUUUACGUCCAAUGAUGAAAGAAUAUCAAUUUGAUUUAUCAUUAAAAAUUAUAAAAAUUAAUGAAGGUGAAACAAUGAAAAUAAUAUUACAUGGUAAUAGAAUUGCAUUUAGUGCAUAUGGUAUUGUUAAAGCAUUGAAUGGUGAAGCAGAAACUGGUGUAACUAUUGAAGCAAUAUGUAAUGAUAAAAAUUGUAAUGUUAAUCAAGAAGAAUCAAUAACAGAUAGUAAUGGUAUGUUUAGAAUACGUGGUCUUGAGCCAAACUUUAAUUACAUUAUACAAUUAAAAAAUGAUGUACAAUCAAAUUUACAUAUACAACGUUCUUCGCCAUUAUUUGUUGAUGUAUUUAUCAAUAAUAAUGAUACACAUGGUAUUGAAUUUGUUGUAUUUCAUCCAAUAUCACGUAGUGAUGUAUCAAUUAAUAUUAAAACAAAUAAACCAGAAUAUUAUCGUACGCUGAAAAUUAAAUUAUGUCGUGAGGAUCAACCAGAUACACCAAUUUAUACAUCAAGUAUUGAUCAAAGCUCAUUGUCAUCAUCGAAAUUUAGUAAUAAUUAUAAUCCAGGUUUUUUAAUUCAUUUACCAUCGUUAAAAUUAAAUAAUAAAAAAUAUUUUAUACAAUUAGAAAGUACAUUGUCCAAGGCAAUAUUUAAAUAUAAUACAAUACCAAUUUAUUUUAAUGCAAAUGAAUCAUUUAAAGGUAUUGAUGUAUUAUUUAAUGUUGAACGUAAUAUUGAUAAUAAUGAUAUGAAUCAAUCAUCAAUAAUGGCAUUGCCACUUAUAUUAAUUGUUGCAAUUGCAUUUUUAAAACGUGAUAAUUUAGUUAAUUGGUUUAAUUUAAUUAUUGUGCAGUUUAAUAAAAGUGUACCUGUUAAUAAACCACAAGUUGUACAAGUUGCACCAAUUGAUCCAAGAGCUGAUGAUAUUAUUGUCGAACAAAUUAUGAAUAUCAAUAAACGUAAAGUUAAACCACGUAAAGUUUAAAUUUAAAUAGUCAAUUUUUUUUCGUUUUUUAAAAGUAAAUUUUUGUAAUUGUCAUUUGUAAUUUGUCUUUGUCGUCAUUUACAUUCAAUUUUUUUGUUGGAAAAAAAUUUUUUACUGCCAGAUUUAUUUGAUAAUUAAGAAAAUAUUAAUAUCGUUUAUUUUUUUUUUGUAAUUGUAUUUCUUUUUUUUUUUUUGAAUUAUGUAUUUCAUACAAAAUUAUUGUACAUAUUAAUAAAAUAUCUAUAUGACAGUAUUUUUAUAUUUCGUUUGUUUUAUUAAUAAUUAAUUUUUUAAAAUUUGAAAAUUACUUAUUGUUUUAAUUUGAAUAUAAAAAAAUUUUAAUAUUUUAAAAUUAUUUAUAUGAUGAAAAAUUCCUGUAAAAAUAAAAGAAAGUUAAUUUAAUUUUAUGGUUUAUAGAUUUUUUUUUUAUUGAAACUUACUACUGGAUAAGUUUUAUAAAAACAAUAAUUUAUAUUGUAUGCAAGAUCACAGCUAUCAGUUCCCUCUAAAAAAUAAAAUAAUAUUUCAAAAAAAUAUAUAUAUACAGGUAUAAAUAUGUAUUAAUUAUAACUUACUUGUAUCUUUGCAGGAACUAACAAGAACUUUUGAUUUUUCUUUCAAACGUGGUGGAGUCAUUAUUAAAAAUUUUUUGAAAUCCAUUUUUUCAUCGGUUACCUAAAAUAAUUAAAAAUAUUCAUUUGACUAUUAAUUAAUUAAAUACUUAAUUUCAUGCUUCGAAAUUUAUUUACUAAUCCUAAUUGUUGAGCAACACAAUAUGAAUAACAUCCAAGUUUUCUGUCUUUCACAAAAAGACCUUUAACAGCUAAUUCAAUCAAUUCUAAAAAUUAAAAAAAGAAUUAAUUUUUAAUUUAAUAGUUAAUUUUAAUUUAUAAAAUUAUAAAUUAAAAAUAUACCUCCAUUAACACCACUUUUUUCUAUGCAAUAUGCACGAAGAUCUUUUGAAAAUGAUUGAAAUUCUUCUGGAAUUUCCUGAAAUAAAUAAAUUAAUUAAUGAAAAUAUACAAUAAAUAUAAUUUUAUAAAGCUUAUAAUUAUUUAUUAAAUUAAUUUAUAACAAACAUACACCAGCAAAAACAAAAAAUACAUAUAAAAAAUUAAAAAAACA